UAUUUCUGUCAGUCUAAGCUCGGGGCAGUGGUGUAAGAGGGACUGCGCGCACCCGGAGCAGGCUGGCCAGAUCUUCUCGCAGCCGGGGCAGGUGAUCCAGUCUGCAGCCCGGAACGUUUCCUCGGAAUGUCCCCAACCGUUUGCAAAGCGCCUGCUUCACCCUCCUGCUGCCUCCGCCUGUGAGCGAACGGGGAGCGAACUUGCUUGUUUGUGGGAUUGUCCCGCUUCGUGACAUCUGGCUGCGGGAUUCGCUUGCGGACGGGAAGGUCCAUUGAAGCUGGAUUUGGGAUGUGUGUCCUGUAGAUCUUCUCUGGAUUGCUCCGUGGGCUGUUUUGCGGGUUACUGAGGACAGUCGGGACCGGUGUGUCCUGUGCGUGGACUAGUGUGUCCUGUGCGUGGGGGCUCCCCCCUCCAUGUAACAGAACGAAACACCCUUGGAAUUACAUAGAGCUUCGCCCUCCCCCGAUGCCACUGAUAGUGGCCGCCUGAUCUGGAUAGAGUAGACAGGGGACCUUGGUGCCCGCUGCCACCACCUUUACACAUUCGCCCCCAUGCCUGGAUUACAUCAAAUGUUAAACACCAUUUACGAAGCUGAUUCCGCUUGUUCCACAGAUGCCAUCAUCAGACGAGGCGAACCGGGGCUGAGGUUCGGCCACAAGAGCAGUUCCGGGGGAGCAGUGGAUUUGAGUGUUCCAGUCAGUGCUGUCCUGACUCAAACAACCCCCAUGGAGUUCCACCUUGUUCAGCACCUCAGCCAGCGCCCUGACGCGGCAAUCUUAAAUAUGAAACAGUCCCAACAACCUAUCUUCCAAACCAUCAGCCAGCACCAGCAAGCAGAGCACAAGAUGCGGCUGAACAUGGAGUCUGCUUGCCGAAACGCGGAUCAUGGACGUCAAGAGCAAAGUCUGCGGCAGCUCGUCCACAAGGAGAAAAGCAAACCAAGUGCCAUGGCUAGUCCUGCAGUGAAGCAGAAGUUGCAGGAGAUGAUCCGCAAUAAACAGCAAGUUGCACCAGAUCGCAAUAAUAUUGUCAAUCACAACAGCCCUGCCAUGCUGUACAGGCCCCCAGAGAUUAUUGAACAAGAACCGCACCCAUCCUCCAUCAUGGCUAACCUCAUUCCUCAAGUGGGUUCCAACAGCUGUAAUCCAUCCGAGCAUUUCCCUCUCAGGAGGACAGCCUCUGAGCCUAACAUGAAGUGGCCUACCAGGUUCAAGAAGUCUGGAGAGCGGAGGAAAAACCCACUAACCCGUAAGGAGAGUGCUCCACCUGCGCUCAGAAGGAGACCCCUAGAUACGCAGGACUCUUCGCCCAGCAGUAGCAGCACCCCAGUUUCUGGAUGCAGCUCCCCAAAUGAUAGCAUCCCAGCCGAAAACGGAAGCCUUUCCUCCCUCCCAGGAGCUGCCUCUGAGGGGGACAUGGAGAGGAGAACAUUGCCAGGUCUGGUUCAUCGCGUCCCACUUGUGUCACAUCCCACGAUGUUCAUGCCAACGAUAGAGGGUCACGAUGGUACCAACUCUAUUGCAACAGCUCGCCUGCAGCCAGUGAUCAUCCUGGAACCCUCAGGGACCCCGUUAGUGGCAGUUCAAGGCUUGGGAUCUGUGCCUUUACAGUUUGCUUCCUCCAUCAUUAGUACCCCAUCGUCAGCCGCGGGUCAUCACCGGCCUGUAAGUCGGACCCGUUCCGAGCCUCUCCCUCAGAAGACCAAAAACCUCUCGCAGCACCUGUUUCAUCAGCAGCAGUACCAGAUUAUGAAACAGCUCUCGUUCAAUAAGCAACGUUCGUCAAAAACCAGCGAAAGGCGAAGGUUAAGCCAGAUCCCAUCGGAGGAGAUGGACGACAGUGGAGCAGCUAGUGAGAUGUCCACGGAAACCGGAGGAAAUCCCACAAGAGCGCGCGGGGAGUCUUCGAGGGGCAGUCAGCUCGAGGCGCACAGCGGCAGCCAGGCGGUGGUUACGCAGCAACACUUUAUACAGCAGGCAUAUGUAUGGGACCAAAGUCACCAUCGGAACCAUCAGCAUUUGAAAAGGGCUUCACCGUUUGAAACUCUGAGACCAGUACAGGGAUGUGAACAUCCUCCUCUCACCAGAGCAAAGUCUUCUCCUGCUUCAGCUUCUCUGUCUCCUUCCGAUCCUUCUUCCAAAACAAUAUCGCUACCUGUCCCAGAACAAACAACCAAACCUCGCUUUACAACAGGAAUUGUGUAUGAUUCUACCAUGCUGAAACAUCAGUGCACCUGCGGAGACAACAGCAAACACCCAGAGCAUGCUGGGAGAAUCCAGAGCAUCUGGUCCCGUCUGCAGGAGAGAGGCUUGCGCAACCAAUGUGAAUGUUUGCGCGGCAGGAAAGCUUCUCAGGAGGAGCUGCAGUCUGUACACACUGAGACUCAUGUUUUGCUGUAUGGCACCAAUCCCCUCAACAGACUUAAACUGGACAAUCGCAAGCUGGCAGGCAUUUUAGCACAGAGGGUAUUUGUGAUGCUGCCUUGUGGAGGACUUGGGGUGGACAGUGACACCAUUUGGAAUGAACAUAAUUCUUCAAAUGCCGCUCGUUGGGCUGCGGGCAGCGUGAUUGAUUUGGCAUUUAAGGUCACCACUGGUGAAUUGAAGAAUGGAUUUGCAUUGGUGAGACCCCCAGGACACCAUGCGGACCCUACAACUGCCAUGGGUUUCUGUUUUUUUAAUUCCGUGGCCAUUGCGGCAAAGCAACUGCAACAAAGACUAGACAUCAGGAAGAUUCUUAUUGUGGACUGGGAUGUGCAUCAUGGUAACGGAACGCAACGAGUGUUCUACAGAGACCCCAAUGUUCUUUACAUCUCCCUGCAUAGACACGACGAUGGCAACUUCUUCCCUGGCAGUGGGGCGGCUGAUGAGGUCGGUGCCAGCAGCGGCGAAGGCUUCAAUGUGAACGUUGCUUGGACUGGCGGCUUAGAGCCUCCUAUGGGAGAUGCAGAAUAUCUUGCGGCUUUCCGGACGGUGGUAAUGCCGAUUGCCCACGAGUUCUCACCAGACGUGGUCCUGGUUUCCGCUGGGUUUGACGCAGCAGAAGGCCACCCAGCACCUCUCGGAGGAUACAAAGUAACAGCAAAAUGUUUUGGACAUAUGACACGUCAGCUUAUGAGUCUUGCUGGAGGGAGAGUGGUACUUGCUUUAGAAGGUGGCCACGACCUUACAUCGAUAUGUGAUGCAUCUGAGGCUUGUGUGUCUGCCCUUCUGGGAAAUGAGCUGGACCCCAUCCCUGAAGAAACAUUACGGCAGAGGCCAAAUCCGAAUGCUAUACGGUCUUUAGAAACGUGUAUCCAGGUCCAAAGUAAAUACUGGACUUCAGUUAAACGUUUUGCAUCCAAAGUUGGCUACUCACUUCUGGAAGCACAGAAGCAUGAUAGGGAUGAGGUGGAAACUGUGACUGCCUUAGCGUCCCUGUCUGUGGGAAGAGGGUCUGUGGUGGCAGCUGGGAACAGUAUUUCUCAGGACGAGCCUAUGGAAGAAGAUUCACCCAUGAGUCUAUGACCUGAGAAAAGUCCGUGGUUCGCUUCUUAGUUGGAUUUAAGUCAACUGUCCUUUGUUGAUACAGUUUGAUUCUUUUUCCUUGCAAUAAUGACAUUGUCCGAUACCUGUGACUUUGUUAAUAAGGACGUAUCAUUCCACUGAUCACUAGUACACAAAUGUGUGCCUAAAAUUACAUUUCUUGUCUGAGCAUAUACGAUUGCUACCAAAACCAAAUACGCUUUUUAUUCACAUGAUUUUGACUUUGUUGAAUAAAUGCUAAAGACUUUACUACGCUCUACCAAAGGUAUCACUCAGGCGACAUAAUAACUGAGUCGACAGGAGGACCAAGGGAAGACUACACAUUGGUGGUGUUUUUGUUGCACCAGAAGUAAAGCAACCAAUCUUUGCAAGACCUAAGAAGAUACGCAGACAUUUGAUUUUGUUUCAAGUCAAGUGUCUCUUACUACCCACCAAAAAUCUAAAUUGAGUAAUCACAGAUAGAACGUAACUGUGGUUUAGAGUCAGGAGAAAGCACAUCGGUUGUAUGUAGUUAAUUAACUCAUAAACCUCAGGACUUUUUGAACUUUCCCUUGGAGUUCAAUUCAUUUGAAAUUUGGUAGUAGUGCCAAACAAAGGAAUGUUAUCUUACCACUGCUGAAGUUAAACUGGUUUUGAACAGCAAUUGAACUACGUGUAUCUUAUUUUCACAAAAAGGGAAAUAUUGGAGACCACUGUGGACUUUUUUUUUCUUCUGAGCAUAGAUAUAGGAGACACCUAUGGCAGACCACUCACUGGAUUCAAGACCUUGAAGAUAGAGCUGAACCGAAAGACGUUUAAAUAUUAAGUGCCUGGCACACCUGGAAUGUUACAAAGAGCCUUAUUGUCUAUAGAUUCCUCAUAACCACUAAUCCCCACUUUGAACGGAUUCUAUGUUGUUCAUUUGCACUAUGGGGUUAACCCCCCCACACACACACACAUAACAACCAGAUAAGAACAUUAAUGAAAAAAAUCUUUGGUCAACUUUUAAGGGGCUACAUAGAGAAAUGGUAAAGGACUUUUUUUUUGCUGUAAAAUUAAUGCUUUUUGAGACCUUUUGAACAAAUGGUGAUAUAUCAAAGCAAAUUUCACUUCCCAGUGUGCAUCAGCUUGCAGGCGGGGAGGGUAUUUUAAGGCAUUGGGAGGCACAUAUUAUAUAAGGAAAUGUUGGAAAUAUUAUUGUGUUGGUCUGUCACUUUUUUCCAUUUUCGUGUUUGCUACAAUCAUUUUUGAUGGAACUCCUCUGAUUAUGUGACAAGGGUAAUACAGCUGCUAUGACCGAUAUCAUUUGUUACAGAUGCAAGCGUAUAUAUGGGCAGUGUAUCUGUAUAAGCAGCCAUUGUCAAACCUAAGUCUGGGCCCUAUACGGUUGUAUACUGACUUAGCUUCAUAUGCCAGCAUUUGUCCUGUUAUUCGUAUACAUAUUUCUUGCCCUACCACUGAAUAUCCUGUUUUAGCGUUAGGUCCCAUUACAAAAAGUGUACAUUUCACUUUUGUCUAACCACUACACGAGGGCACCGAAACAUGUUUACAGAUUUGAGCAGCUUCAAGAAACCCAUAUGGGCAACCGGACCACAACUGCCAACACUCCCAGAACAGUUGGAGUACAAUGAGGGGUUUGACAGCUUGGGAGGGUGUGAUUUUACAAUUUACGUACAAUGGUAUAAUAACUGAAUAUGGGUAGUUGUAGCCAUAAAUUGGCCUACUUGAGAAUAAUGGGAACUGCAGUUUAACAGAUGAUUUGGGGGUGAUGGGCAUGGUAUUAAGAAGUACCAAAUGAAGUCUUGCACAAAGAUAGUUGCAUGGCCGUAGUAUGCUUUUUACGACUCAAUAAAAAUGUCAGGUAGGUUCAGCGCUGUUAAAAAUCAGUAGGAUUAAAGAAUAAGAAAAGAGAUUUACUCCACCGCUACUGCUGCUUUGGGCUGUUUUCCUUUCAUCAGCCGCCAGAUUCUCUGCCCGUUUCCUUCACAAAACACGUCAGUCCCAGAGCUCCAUAGAACUUUGAAGUGAUUGCGAAAGGCAUCGAUAUCAGUGCAUCCUUUUCCUUAACUACCAUCCAACUUUGUACCCCUGUCAGGUGUGAUAACUUGUGAAGCGUGAGGGGCUACGUAGUAAAUCAAAGCAGACAGUUGCCCAAAAUCUCCGCUCACUGGAUCCUGUGGAUCAAAAACUAGCUUUUAUCCUCUGGGACUAUGACUACUUCUAACGUCGUAUAUACUUUACCCCUGCACCCUGGCAAUUUUAUGUACUUUAUUACUUUAGAACGUGUCAAGAAAUAACAUUGCAUUUUAGUUUUUAAAAAAUUCUAGAGCUAAGAAAAUCGUCUUAUCGUCCGUAUUUGUGAACAUCUGGUCUAGAUAAAGCAUGGUGUAUAAUCUCCGAGCUCUUGGAAUUCUCUGCCACACAAGUUUGUGUAACUCAUUGUAUCCACGUGUGUAUAGCGUGCGCUCCUACAGCGAGUUAUUUCCCGACUGUGAUGGUUACCAGUGUGAUUGUUUGUAGGCUGAAUUCCCUUGUCUUAAUAUUACGUUGUGUAUAUAAUGUAUAAAUGUGACAUUCCAUCUUUCUGUAUUUUUUGUGGGGAAAUGAGGGACAGAAUAAUUGACAAAGCAAUAAAAUAUAAUGACACAAAGUUGAUAAAAUACCAAUGAAA